AUGUUUUCCUUUUUUGGAUGUUUUAGUCUCCUCACUGAAUGGCUUGAAAGUCCUAUUAAACUGAACCUUUAACUGGUUGCCGAACGAACGGGCUCACCAACCCCCACAGAAACUUUUAGGGGGUAGAAAAAUCUGUGGGCGGCCUAUUUGUCAUCGUUUUGAACUAGUCGUGCCAUUACAUGAUGUUGAAUAAUGAACCCUCUAUACCCAAAAUAUAAUAUGGUGUUGGCUCUUCUUAGCCUUCAAAGGGUAAUCUAAUUUCCGCACAGUGCACAUGAACAUCAAAUUGCAGUGGCUCCACCUUGCCUUGAAAGGUUAAUCCAAUCUCCUUUUAUAGUGCCUUCCUAUUGAUAAAUCAAUGUCUCCAAGCUAGCUGUUACUAUCAAGCCUCUUGUUCCGCAGCCAUAAGCCAUGACUCUAUUGAAGUUCAACCUUUCUGCAUCAAAUGCCGGUCCUGUGAUCCAAUCUAAUGCAACUAGAAAAAGUGAUGCUGCAGAUUUCUCCAGAAUUUGUGCAUUACAUAACCCUAGAUCAAAAUUCUCGCAUCCACAAUCUGUAGAACUUUCGUGGGCCAGGAGAGAUGGAUCUGGGUGUGGACUAGUUUGCAGAAAUCCGAGACCCACCACAGACAAAGGAGUGAAGCGGAAUGGAAAAUUGAAAGUGAGAGCUUUCACAGAAGAGCAGGAAGCUCUAGUUGUCAAACCAUGGAGUUCAAUGAAGAAAAAUGCUGCAGAUUUAGGUCUUAAAUUAUUCCUAAGGGCCUUUGAGAUCGCGCCAUCCGCACAGAAAUUGUUCUCAUUUUUGAGAGAUUCAGAUGUUCCCCUGCAACAGAACCCUAAGCUCAAAUCCCAUGCUAUGUCUGUCUUUGUCAUGACCUGUGAAUCAGCUGUGCAGCUUCGUAAGGCCGGAAAAGUAACAGUGAGAGAGUCAAGUCUGAAAGAUUUGGGUGCUACUCAUUUUAAGUAUGGUGUUGUUGAUGAACAUUUUGAGGUCAUAAAAUAUGCAUUGUUGGAAACUAUCAAGGAAGCAGUUCCAGAAAUGUGGUCACCUGAGAUGAAGGAUGCAUGGGGAACAGCUUAUGAUCAGUUGGCUGCUGCUAUCAAGAGUGAAAUGAAGCCUGCUUCCUAAAUAUUUUGGCAAUAACACAAAUAUCUUCUCAUAGACAAUAAGUCUCAAAGAGUCGUGAUAUCAGAUAAGAAGAAAUUUUGAAUAAUUUUGUUCUUAGUUUCAUCUGAACUUUUCACAGCUUACUUGGUUUGUAAUCGCUGAUUGCCUUUGUUCAUCUCUUGUUUGGCCGUAAUUUUCUGGUCGGUUAUUUUAAUGUAUCCAAGAGCCAUCCCUCAGCUCGUGUUGUACUGCUUGGAGCUGCUUGUUGGCAGGCUCCACUUUUAUAGUUUAACUUCACCUUCUGCUA